AUGGCCCCUAACCUAUUCGUGGCCACUCAAAAGGCCUUUGCGCCCCAUAAAUGGUUCAAGUCCAGUAAGAAUGAGCUCUCAUCGAGAGUCGUUGAAGAGUGGAACAGUCCGGUCCCAGGCCAGUACGAGAGUAUUCCUGGUCGAGGCUGGUUCUUGAUCGCGACCCCCAAGAACGCUUCAACGACAGUGACCAACACAACACGAACCACCAAAGGAUCAGACGGCAAAGAGUACACCCUCUUAGAGCGACCCAUCCCAUUAAAGUACUCUCACGCUAUUGGCCGCUACUUCCUUGAGCCCGAAUUCUACAAGCGCAAGAAGACGGUCACCAUCAAGAACGACAAGGGUAAAGAAGUGCAAGCCGGCUUCUUCAGAGUCGACGAUGUCGCCUGGGUCAAGUGCUGGGACGAAAACGACAACUUUGUCCCUGGUAACGCCAACGGUGGUGCCGGAUACCAACGCUGGGUUCUUGACUCCCAAACUCAGCAAUUUCGUCACAUGAUCAAGCGCGACGACCCCAACUACGUCCGUUCUCGAAAGAAUUCGCCUGCACGCGACAACACGGACAACCGCAGCCAGGAGUCUGUCAGUACAGAGUUUCGCAGCAGCCGUCCUGGUAGCACCAAAAAUGGCCUUAGUGUUGCUAGCACCCGAGCUAACAGCAUUCGCUACUUGCCUUCGCCUACUUCAAACCCGUCCAGCCAGCGCCCCUCGAGGGCCAACAGCCCCAAGCGCAGCGACAGCAUUCCCCUCGAAGAAGCCAAGGCAGCUCUCCGACGUCUGGCUCGGGAUCACGAAGAAGCCGCAGCUGCUUUGGCCCGAUUUCGCAUGACGCGCACCGACUCAAAGGACCGUGUCGAGCAGCUGGAGCGUGGUCGCGUUUCGCAGCGAGUCGGCAACUAA